UAAACAUAAACAAAUCCACAUGCGUUUCUUUCAUCGCAUAGAAAAAAAAUCAUUGAACCUCGAUUUUAAAUAAAUUUCUCAACAUGGCACGUCGUCCCGAACAUACAGCUCCGCCGGAGAUCUUCUACAACGAAGAAGAAGCCCGCAAAUAUACCGGAAAUUCUCGCAUCAUCGAAAUCCAGGUGCAAAUGUGUGAACGAGCGAUCGAGUUACUCGCCCUACCUGACGACCAAACAAAAUUUAUUCUCGAUAUUGGUUGCGGAUCCGGUCUCUCAGGCAGCGUUUUGGAGGAUCAGGACCACAUUUGGGUCGGAAUCGAUAUUUCCAAGUCGAUGUUGGAUGUUGCGGUCGAACGUGAAGUCGAAGGCGACUUAAUUCUCGGCGACAUGGGUCAAGGACUGCCCUUCAAAGCGGGUUCCUUUGAUGGCGCCGUCAGCAUUUCGGCUCUUCAGUGGUUGUGUAAUGCCGACAAGGCGAGUCACAUCCCCGCCAAACGUUUGACGCAAUUUUUCACGACUCUUUAUGCGUGUUUGUCGCGUGGCGCGAGAGCCGUCUUCCAAUUUUACCCGGAAAAUAAUCAGCAAUUGGAGCUGAUUCAAAAACACGCGAUGAAAGCGGGAUUUUAUGGAGGUGUCGUGAUAGAUUUUCCGAAUUCGACACGAGCGAAAAAGUAUUUUUUGGUUCUGAUGACGGGCGGCGUGGCGCAAUUACCGAAAGCGCUGGGCGACGAGGACGAAGAAAAGAAUCAAGUCGCUUAUUCGAAGGCAAAACGUGAAUUUGUUCGAGGGGCACGUGGCAAAGGAGUGAAAAAAGGCAAGGACUGGAUCAUGCAGAAGAAGGAAAAACGAAGGAAACUCGGCGCCGAUGUUCGCGAAGACUCCAAAUACACGGGACGCAAGCGAAGUGGGCGAUUUUAGGCACUUAUCUCUUUAAUUUAAUUACUUUGAAAUACAUUUCUUAAU